AUGCUCACUGUCGACACCGGUCUUGCCACGCCGCCGCCGUCGCGGGGGCUGCCCCACACCGCGACGUGUGGCCAGUCAUUCUCACAACCUUCGGCACGUGCCCCGCUGCCCGACGUAUAUAAGGCCUGGGGCAUCGAUGUCAUCGACAGUCCACUCAUGCCCGGCACCCUGAAAGUGAAGCAGCAGCCGUUUACGUGGAGCCAGGUCCAGGAGAUCGUCGCCACCAACGACCUUGACCUCUUCGCCAGGCUGGCGCCCGGUACCGAUGAAUACCUCGCGUUUAAGGCCCAGCUAAAGCGCCAAGGGACAACGAUCCAGGACUAUCUCGUGCGCCACGAGCUCGAGUGGGCCGACAUCCAGAUCCCUGACCAUAAGCUAUUCACCGUGAAGGAUGACAUCAAGGUGAUGUACAAUAAGUUCCCCUAUUAUUUUGAGGAUAACGUCACCCACCUCUGUGUGUGGACCAAAGUACCGAUCCCCAACGAUCCCAAUAGUGCCACCGGUGAUAUUAGCGCUUACACUCGAGCGGUGAUCGAUACGUUUGUGCGUAAGCUUUUCCCGGACUCGCAGUUGGUGUGGUUCCGCAACUGGGCGGCUUUACAGCUGGUGCGGGCGAUUUCUCAUUGUCAUGUCAUUAUCAAAGACGUCGACCCCAAAUUGCUUGCCAGAGCUUUGGCCGGCGACUUUGACGUGUUGACCGAAGCUGAUUAUAAAGCUAUCGAUGCUCAAUUUGCCACUACUUCCUAA